AUGUUGAAAACCAAAGAAGACCCUAAUGAGCUGGCUCCAGUUCCUUCCCAGCCCGGGGAAGUCCGGGAUGCGCCAACCUAUGUGACCGACGAUGUGUUUGGCGAAGUCACCGAGAAUGGUCCCAACUAUCGUAAUGUAGGGUGGAUAGGAACAGUCGCGCUCAUGAUGAAGUCUCAGAUUGGCCUUGGGGUCCUAUCCAUUCCAACCGCCUUCGACACGUUAGGGAUUAUCCCAGGUAUCAUCUGCCUCCUUGCGAUUGCUGUGAUCACGACCUGGUCGGAUUACAUGAUCGGUGUUUUUAAACUUCGUCAUCGCUCUGUCUACAGCAUCGACGACGUUGGCGCGCUCCUUUUUGGUCGAAUUGGCCGGGAAUUUCUGGGGGGUGCCUUCUGCCUUUAUUGGAUUUUUGUGUCUGGCUCCGGCAUGCUCAGUCUCUCCAUCGGUCUGAACGCGGUCUCCACGCAUGGGGUAUGUACUGCUGUCUUUGUGGCAGUGGCGGCGAUCCUGGGGUUCAUGUUCUCCAGCAUUCGGACCCUCGGCCAUAUCACUUGGCUCGCGUGGGUUGGGCUUGUGUGCAUCCUGACCGCGAUCCUCAUGGUGACCAUUGCUGUGGGUGUUGAGGAACGGCCCGCGUCGGCACCGAAAGAUGGCGUUUGGGUGUCCGACUUUAAGAUUGUCAAUCAUCCGAGCUUCAGCGAGGGGAUCACGGCGGUCUCCUCCCUGGUCUUUGCGUACUCCGGCACGCCCGGGUUCUUCAAUAUCGUGUCCGAGAUGCGUGACCCUCAUUAUUAUACUCGCGCCCUGCUCAUCUGUCAGGCGGGAGUGACCGCGGUUUACAUUACGAUCGGCUGCGUAGUCUACUAUUACUGCGGGUCGUAUGUGGCUUCCCCAGCCCUGGGCUCCGCUGGGCCGACCAUGAAAAAGAUCUCUUAUGGCUUUGCCUUGCCGGGGUUGCUAGUCACGACCACCCUGGUCACCCACAUCCCGGCAAAAUACAUCUUCAUCCGCAUCUUACGAGGGUCGAAGCAUCUGACGGCCAACAGUGCCAUCCACUGGGGCACAUGGCUUGGCUGCACCUUUGGAAUCACCCUAAUUGCCUAUGUGAUUGCGAGCGCGAUCCCCGUCUUCAAUAGCCUCGUCUCGCUUAUCGGUGCAUUACUAGGAACCCUCAUGUCGUUCCAGCCCAUGGGCUGUAUGUGGCUGUAUGACAACUGGAGCAAAGGUAAACAACACAAGUCCCUCCGGUGGAUGUUGAUGGUCUGCUGGAGUGUCUUUGUGGUCGUCAUUGGGACAUUCCUGAUGGUUGCUGGUACGUAUGGAUGCAUUGUGAGUGUGAUUGAUACCUACAACGCAUCCGGUGGAUCUGCCGCUUGGUCGUGUGCGGACAACUCGAACUCAACAUGA